AUGGUCGGUUCAGCUUUUGUGGUGGUAUCCAAUUAUAGCGUCAAAGAUUACAAAAAAUCCAUGGCUUUAGCGGCUCUAGGGAUCCAGUUGUGCCCAAAUCAAAGGAACGACCUAAUGGUAAACUGGAUAAAGGCUAAAGUUGCCCAACGCAACGCUCAAACAGAUGAAGGUAACGAGGUACAAAAAGUAACGCUAGUUUCUGCUUUUAAACGGUUUAAGAAGGAAAUGGAAUUUUUAACCGAUGGCGCCAAUUUGUUAACGGUAAACGACAAAAUCGAUUUGUUGGUGUUCGAGUUGGAACAGUACAAAAAGAGAUGGAAGAGCAAAGUGCCUAUGAUGUGUGCCCUCAAAGAGCUUUGCGACAUCGCAGACUUAAAUAGAACUGUUGAGGUGAUCGUAAACGUUUUCGGAGAUUGCGAUUUGAUGUUACACGAGGAAGUACCGAAGAUAUUGCAAACAACUCUGAAAAAAUAUGAAGCAAAAGUAAACGAAAAGAAAAUUUCAACUCCCCAGGACACACUUUUCACGGCUGUUUUGUACUACAUGCAUUACAAGUAUUGUGUGAAAGACACCAUUACUAAAAACGCGGUUGAUAUGGAGAGAACGAUGUCCGAUCCAAGUGAAGAAUGCGAUAUCGUUUCAUUUUACGACUGUUUAAAUCUGAACAGAUACUUCGGGGUUAUGAAAUAUCUAAAUAAGUCUUUAGAAUUGCUUACUAGUUUCACGAAAGUAACCCCUUCAAUGGUAUACAAUUUGCUCGUUAAGAUAUCGAUGGAAUACAGACUGCACCGGUUCAGCGUAAAAAGUUUACAAGCCCUGCAAUUAGCCUUGAAAGUGGCACAGUUUGAGAACAACGCCUCCAAUGUCGUCUGGGCGAUCGCCUUUAUCAUUGAAAAUUCCGACGUGAACAAAAGUUACAUUCGGUACCUGUUGUUAAUAGCAAACGAACAGUUGAAGAACAUCGAAUACACGAGUAUGCCAAGUUUAAAAAUUGUUCUCACGUAUUACAUUUGCAAAGCCAAAUGUCUGCUUUACGAGGAUUACAAGCAAGCUUACAGGAUAUUUCAGAUGGCCGACGAGCUGUACAAUGCACAGGAAGAUAAAUCCGAACUGAAAAUAGUCGAGUCCCAACUGUACUUGUUGCAUUUUAAAUUUGUUAUGAUGCCUUGUAAGUUCGGUAUCGUAGAUCAUAAGGAGAGUACUUUGCUGACGAUUCAUCUUGCGAAUUCUGCUAUAUACGAAGCUUAUCGCAACAAUAAACUAGAUGGGUCCUACGAGAUGUCGAUCCUCCUGGACACCAACGAAGAACUAGUAAAAUUAUUCCACUCCAUGCGAUCACCCAGGGAAGCGCGAAGUUACUGCAAAGAGACAAUAAUUCUCACUCAACAACUAGUCCUGCCAAUUCGAUGUGCCAACUACUUAGUUUACCUCGCUCACGCUGACUUACGCUCAUCACGAUAUAACGACUGUCAGGUCAAAAUUGAGGGAUUAACCGAUAUCCUGUGCCUUAGAAAAUACAACCUGAAAGUGGACCAAGAAAAUAAACCGCCGUCCUGCGACGCAGAUAUAGAGAAAGAUAUCGUCGAUUUAACUAACAAUUUGCAGGAAAUGGUACUCGAUUUACCCGUCCCCAACAGUUAUAAGAAACAGUUCUCGCCUUCCUCGCCCGCGUUGGUCAUUCAACCGUUUCACUUACCGGCGUUCCUGAAUCACGAAGAAGACUGCGAAUGUUUUUAUUGCUUGUGUUUAGAGUAUCAAAUGCUGGUGUUGGAAAAAACUAGACUCGAUGCGUUGUUGAACGUUAAACAAAAUAAUUUUACGAUAUCCACCGAUUUUUUCCACGGCGCUCAAAAUUUUUAUGAACUGUGCUCGCAAAAGUACAAAUCAACUUUUGAGACCAUCGUCAAAUUUAUUUCCUACGACUUAAUACCCGAGUACGACAAAGAAAUGUUCGGGCCUUAUGGGUUUAUUCUGUUGGAUUACAGCGCACACCUGAUGCGUACAAAAAACAAAAGUGAAGCUUUAAGGAUCACCGACAAAUUAAUAGAUUUAGCGUCUUCGAGGAAAGUACGAUAUGUUUACCUUUACAACGAAGCGCUGUUCCAGAAACUAAGUUACAUAACGGAAGUUCCUUCGGUUGCUCUUACCGUUAACAAGGCGAUUGAAGUGGAUAGUCUUUGCCCGGAGCCGAUUAUCGUUUCUAGGACACCCGAAUCGAAACAUAGCAAGGUAACGUUGUCUGUCCAACAGAGUCCGAAUUUUUCACCACCGAAGAGAAGAAUAAAAAAAUGUUUACAAUUUAAUCUAUCCCCAACCCCGGACAACUUCAACGGCCACAAACCGCUUGAGAAAACAUCUCCCAGUUCGAAACAACCGAAAACUCCAGUUCCCAAAAUAAAAAUAUAUUCAAAUGGCGACACCGCGCAAAAAUCCAAGUGCUCCUCCUCAGCUGUACAUAUCUAUAACGAUGAGAGUAAAAGACACAAAAAGAAAGUGCCGUCGACUGAAGAUUCGUGCCCUAGCAGCAUUAACGCAGCUAUGAAGACACCAGUUUCAGCGUGUUUGGUUAAUUCUGAAACUGGAAUGAGAACGAGGACGAAGUUGUUGACCGAUAGACUGCGUCACUCGAGUAAGAAGCUUGAGGUGCCCACGGUGUUCGUCAGCGAUGACAGUAGCAGUCAAGUCAAGGCUCCUAGCGGUAAAAAGCAGAUGUCGUUGAGGAAGAAGUUGUUUGAUCAAGAAAAGUUGGAAAAGGAACCAAACGUGCCUCUAGGUGGUGGUGCGGGAAGAUCUACAAGGAACAGGAAAGUUUAGUACCAAUUGUGAGGUUCGAUUUGCUGCUGUAAAUUGUGUAAUUUUUUUAUUUAUUGUUAAGAGCUAUAUUUUUUUGAGGUUUGUUAAAUUUAGUAUUAACUUUGAGAACCUCGAUACA